AUGUUUUCAAUCACGCACGAAUUUCACGAUGAAAGCAAAAUUCUGAUUUACCAGGUAGGUCUAGUUGGUUAUUCUGGAGGUGGUAAAUCUACUUUUAUAAACUUAAUCAUAAGGCUAUUUGAUGUUAAAAAAGGUAAUAUACAGAUUGAUAAUCAAGUAGUAUCGGAAGUUACACAGAGUUCUUUGAGGCAACAAAUAUCUGUAAUACCUCAAGAACCAUUGUUGUUUCAUGAUACUAUUUUAGCAAAUAUUAUAUAUGGUAAACUUCAAUCUACUAUCGAAGAAAUAAUAAGAGCUGCAAAGCUGGCUGGUAUUCACGAUUUCAUUAUGACUCUACCCGAUCAAUAUGAAACUGUAGUCGGAGAAAAAGGCAUAAAGCUAUCUGGAGGGGAAAGACAAAGAAUAAUCAUAGCGAGAGCAUUUCUAAAAAACGCUCCGAUAUUAUUUUUCGAUGAGCCAACUAGUCAGUUAGAUUCUAUAACAGAGAAAACAAUUCAAAUGAGUUUAUUUAAGUUGAUGGAAAAUAAAACCACCAUUACUAUAGCACACCGUAUUUCUACACUUUUACAUAUGGACCGAAUUCUAGUAUUUAACAAAGGAAAAAUUGUCCAAGAUGGUAAACACGCUGAAUUAGUUUCUAAGCAAGGUCUUUACAAGGAACUUUGGAAUGCUCAAAUUGGUUGUUUGAUCUGA